GAAGCGGCUGGAACUCCACGUUCGAAAAGCUGCUUAGGAACGUUUCGCACCCGCCGUUUUGCUCCAGACGGUCGGCAGGCACUUCUGUCCUGUCCGGCCCCGCGCCGCCCGGCCCUCUGCCCCUCAGGUUCAUUUUUAAAUUUGGAAUAAACUUCUAGGAGGACUAUGAAAGAUUACGAUGAACUUCUCAAAUACUAUGAAUUAUAUGAAACUAUUGGGACAGGUGGCUUUGCAAAGGUCAAACUUGCCUGCCAUAUACUUACUGGAGAAAUGGUAGCUAUAAAAAUCAUGGAUAAAAGUGCACUAGGGAGUGAUUUGCCCCGGAUCAAAACGGAGAUUGAUGCCUUGAAGAACCUUAGACAUCAGCAUAUAUGUCAACUCUACCAUGUGCUAGAGACAGCUAACAAAAUAUUCAUGGUUCUUGAGUACUGCCCUGGAGGAGAGCUGUUUGAUUAUAUAAUUUCCCAGGAUCGCCUGUCAGAAGAGGAAACCCGAGUUGUGUUCCGUCAGAUAGUAUCUGCUGUUGCUUAUGUGCACAGUCAAGGCUAUGCUCACCGGGACCUCAAACCAGAAAAUUUAUUGUUUGAUGAAUAUCAUAAAUUAAAGCUGAUUGACUUCGGUCUGUGUGCAAAACCUAAGGGUGACAAAGAUUACCAUCUACAGACAUGCUGCGGAAGUCUUGCUUAUGCAGCACCUGAAUUAAUACAAGGGAAAUCGUAUCUUGGGUCAGAGGCUGAUGUGUGGAGCAUGGGUAUACUCUUAUAUGUACUUAUGUGUGGAUUUCUACCAUUUGAUGAUGAUAAUGUCAUGGCUUUAUAUAAGAAGAUUAUGAGAGGAAAAUAUGAUGUUCCCAAGUGGCUUUCUCCCAGUAGCAUUCUGCUCCUUCAACAAAUGCUGCAGGUGGACCCAAAGAAACGGAUUUCUGUGAAAAAUCUAUUGAACCAUCCCUGGAUCAUGCAAGAUUACAACUGUCCUGUUGAGUGGCAAAGCAAGAAUCCUUUUAUUCACCUUGAUGACGAUUGUGUAACAGAACUUUCUGUACAUCACAGAAACAACAGGCAGACAAUGGUGGACUUAAUUUCAUUGUGGCAAUAUGAUCACCUCACAGCUACCUAUCUUCUGCUUCUAACCAAGAAGGCUCGAGGAAAACCAGUUCGUUUAAGGCUUCCUUCUUUUUCCUGUGGACAAGUCAGUGCUUUCCCAUUCAUAGAUGUCAAGUCAAAGAAUCUGAGUCUGGAAGAUGUGACCACAAGUGAUGAAAGGAAUGUAGCUGUAUUAUUAGACUAUGAAUGGCAUGAAGAUAAUUUAUCAACAGGUGUGUCUACUCCCCAAACACCACAGUUUAUCAGGCACUGGACAGGAUCAAAUGGGGUGGAAUCUAAAUCAUUAACUCCAGUAUUAUGUAGAGCAUCUGCAAAUAAAUUAAAGAACAAAGAGAAUGUAUAUACUCCUAAGUCUGCUGUAAAGAAUGAAGAGUACUUUGUAUUUCCUGAGCCAAAGACUCCAGCCAAUAAGAACCAGAGUAAAAGAGAAAUACUUACCACACCAAAUUGUUAUACCACACCCUCAAAAGCUAGAAACAAGUACCUGAAGGAAACCCCAAUUAAAACACCAGUAUAUUCAACAGGAACAGACAAGUUAAUGGCAGGUGUCAUUAGCCCUGAAAGGCGGUGCCGCUCAGUAGAACUAGAUCUCAACCAAGCACAUAUGGAGGAUACUCCAAAGAGAAAAGGAGCCAAAGUGUUUGGGAGCCUUGAAAGGGGACUGGAUAAGGUGAUCACUGUGCUUACCAGGAGCAAAAAGAAGGGCUCUGCUAAAGAUGAGCCACGAAGACUAAAGCUUCACUAUAAUGUGACUACAACCAAAUUAGUGAAUCCAGAUCAACUCUUGAAUGAAAUAAUGUCUAUUCUUCCAGAGAAGCAUGUUGACUUUGUACAGAAGGGUUAUACACUGAAGUGUCAAACACAGUCAGAUUUUGGCAAAGUGACAAUGCAGUUUGAACUAGAAGUGUGCCAGCUUCAAAAACCUGAUGUGGUGGGUAUCAGGAGGCAGCGGCUUAAGGGCGAUGCCUGGGUAUACAAGAGGUUGGUGGAAGACAUCCUGGCUAGCUGCAAGGUAUAAUGGAUAGGUGGUUUCCAUCCUGCUGGAUGCAUGUAGGUGUGACGUAGCCUAUAAGGGUGGUUCGUAUGAUCGGUUUGAUUUUAAAGUCUGUUGGAGCUACAAACUUAUUUCAAAAGGGCGAUCUUAAAACCAAUAUCUUUUUGUUUUUAAACAAAAGAUAUUAUUUUGUGGAUGAAUCUAACGCAAGCGCAUUUGUUUUUAUCUGUUACUCUUUUUAAAUCAUGUGGCUUUGUAUAUUAAUAAUUGUUGACUUUCCUAGAUUCACUUCCAUACGUGAAUGUAAGCUCUUAACUCUGUCUCUUUUUAAUGUAUAAUUUCUUUCUGAAAUAAAACCAUUUGUGAAU